AUGAUCGAGGAGCAGCUCAAGGAGCGAACGGAAGGCAAGAUGUCCGGCAUCACCCUCUCACUGCCAAGGACGUUCUCGUACACGCAGGUGGCGGCCAAGGAACAAGCCAACACCGUAAAGAAGCUCCGCUCUUACGCGGGCAUCACCACCGACCAGGCCCUCCGCCAGCCGAGCCUGAAGGAAGCCACCUUCAUGAUGGAUUUCAUGAUGGACGACGGCUCAGCAAAGGAGCGUGAGCGGCUGAGCCGAGAACACAUCGCCAAGAUCAACGCCAAGAUCGAGGCACGCAACAUUUUCCACCGCACGCACGCACGCACGCGCAAUCUCGAUCUCCUGCUCGAGCAGUUGGCCAAGCCUGCCAAACUCGAAAUACCCACCGCCUUGCUGUUCGUAGGAGUGAAUGUGCCCGACCACGACCGCAUGUUCGCUCAGCUUGCACAGUCGCUGCGAUCCGGCGGGCAGAGAGUGGCCAGCCUUCGAUCGAAGGACUGCAAGAUGAUGCUCAAGCCGAUCAUCAAGUCCCUAGUUGUCCAGUUCAUCGGUUCCAAUCCAGCCUUCUCGGUGAAGGAAGGAAAGGCUACGAUGCGCGCCCUUCAGUACUGGUACAAGAUCAAGGGAUGGCAGUACGUCGAGCCCGCGGCCGAGUCGGCUUCGCUUGCCCCCAUUGCGGAGAGUAUGGUGGUGGAGGGUACGAAGGACGCUGGCUGCGAACCUCCGCUGGUUGUCGUGAUCGAGGACUUCGAGGCAUUCGAUGCGGACGUGCUCAAGGAGCUUAUCUCCAUACUCAGUUACUAUCAGGCCGACAUACCCUUUGUACUGGUGUUGGGACUGGCGACGUCGGCCGACGCCUUGCACAGAAUGUUACCUCGAUCCGUGUCUGGCCGCCUCGCCACCCGCAAAUUUACGUUCCACUCAUCAUCAGAGUCGUUCGAGGAGAUAUUCAAGGAGGUUAUCAUGCGCAACGACAUGGGGGUGCAGUUUGGCUACAAGACGGUGGAGUGGCUCGCCACCAUUGAACACUUCUGGCGGAACCAUCUGGCAUUCCUGUGUCGAAGUCUGCACGACGACGAUUUCUUCGAUUCGGUCGGCGAGCGCCUAAGCGCAGUGCAUCUCGACCACAUCCAAAGAACAAAGUCUGUCGCGAAACUGACGCCGGGCCUUCGCCGGCUAUGA